AUGAUUUCCAACUCUACACCAAACUACCCAGAUGUCUAUCAAAGCACCCGGGGGGCUCAUGAAACUGCACGGUCGACAGUUGCUGUACAGAGAACAAACCAACCCAUGGCACGGCCUGUGCCCACAUCACAAGGCUCGUACCAAGGCUACUCGGCAACCCUAAAUCAGAAUUCCCAGAUGUCAACGCAACCGUACAUGGAACAAGGGAUGACAACACAAGUUCAAAGAACACGCACGCCGGCUAUUUCGCAAAGUAAUUCUUACACCAGAUCAAGCCACAUACCGCCUGGGCCUUCACUUCACAGUCAAGAUCAUGUGCAGUCAACUGUGCCGACAGCGCCUCAUAGAGUCCACAGCACUGCAACAUCACAGCCUGCCUCAACCCACAGUCCUUCUGUCUCCCUUGUCUCUUCUGCUCCUACCUCUGCCACUGCUCCUCCGGCACCCCUCACAAAGACAACUAUUGUCCCACAUCAGAUAGACAAGGGCUGGACGCAGGAGAAAGAAGGGCCUCAGGGUAAUGUAGCACCUACUUCAUCAUACCAGGCACCGAAUCAGGAAAGCCAACAGCCCCAUAUCUCCCAACCAAAUGGACAGAGCCCACCGGUGGUACCAUCGGCGUAUGCGUCUCCCACUCCCUCGGCGGCCUCUCACCUGGGGCCUUCUUAUAACGCUUCGCAUACCUCAGGACCUCGACUAGGCACCUUGUCUAACUCGACUGUGACACAACAGCCUGCUGUGGUGAAUACGCAGUCGCAAGAUUUCCCACUGUCGGGACCACUUCAUCACGAGAAAAAGCGGGUGAUUCCAACCGAAGAGAAUUCGAUGCCACUCGCAAAGGUGCGACUAUUGGACAAUGGUAAAAGUCAAACAAUGACCCUCCAAAACAACCCAUCAGCAAGUAGCUCGGUGCCAGGGGCCAAAGGUUCUACGGAAUAUACUCGGCCUCGAGGCUCCGGUAAAUUUCUUAAGAAUCGUGGCGACUUGGUCCAGCCAAUAAGAUGGAGCGAUGCACUGCCCAAGGUCUCUUAUGAUCCGGCCACGAUCGCGCGGGAUGUACUGAUUGCUGCGGGGAGGCACCCGACCGAAAAGCAUCUAAAUCAUCAUCUUGAGCCACUACGUCGUAAUUUCACCAAGAUCGACUACCUUGCAAACCUGGCAACAUUUCGCUGGGACCUGGUGGAUGCCAAGCAGCCCGAAACGCAGGUCGAUCGCGUGCCUCUAGUUCAUGCACCCCACAUGCCACCUCUUCAAUCACCUCAUCCUCAGCCACCGCAUGCUCAACCACCACUGGCAGCUCGACACUCAGUUGCACGUGACCCAUAUGUUACAGCAAACCACGUGACUACACGUGACCAGGCGCCGCUGCCGCCGCGUGAGACACCGCCAAAGCGCCAAAUCGCAAUGCCGGAAAGGAUCGACGCGCGCGCCCCUCCUAGCGGUUUGAGCCCUUGGGGUACUUUACCUUUCAAACCUCCGACCUAUCAUAGUCCUCAACGCAUUUUUUCUUCAUCAACCUUGCCUUCUGGACUGCCCAGAAUUGAUCCUGUUCCUGCAUCCCCAAAGUUUUCAUCCCACGAAUCCGUCCCAACCCCCCCACCGCCGCAACCUCGAGCCCGACCCCAACAACGACGCCCCUCGGCCACGAACAGCCCAGCUCCGCCCAAACCUCCGCCUGCCGCAAAACAACCGACCCCUAAAUCUACCAAAUCUCCCACAAAGCCUAAACCUCAAGGGCAGACGGUCAAGAGCACGCCAGACUCUGGCCGGACCGUCAAAUCCCCAGAGGCGAAGCGUCUUCCCCAGCCACUGGUCGUAAUUCCAAUCUCAUCCGUAAAGAUGACCACGAAGAGAAGACCAGGGCGACCUUCCAAGAACGUAGUAGCAAAUAUCGAAGUUGCUAUUCACCGUGAACAACCAGUGCAUUACCCAAUCUUCCCAUGCAAAUGGGAGGAGUGCACUGCAGAACUGCACAACAUUGAGUCGGUUCGGGCCCACCUUAUCAAAGUUCAUAUCCCGCACUCCCUGGUUUGCAAAUGGACAGACUGCGGCAAUAAGACGCCAAUGGCUGCAGCUGAUAUGUUCACGCAUCUAUCGAGCGAGCACGUCUCAAAAAUGGCCUGGGAGCUUGGGGAUGGACCAACGGUGCCAGUAACUGCGGAAAACCAAUCGAUUCACCCUUCCGUUUUGGGUGACCGCAGUGCCCGCAAAGCGACCAUGAUAUUGCCGGUGGAUGAGCACCAGGUCAAGGCCUUUAGCAAGGCCCAUGGUAAGUCGACGGAGAAGAACAAGGCACAAGCCCUGCUCGAAGCCGGUCAACUUUGGAAGCAGCAGAUCGGCCCUGAGAUGGACUGGAGUGACCGUCGCCUAUCGACACCGGCUCGACAGAGCAAGGUGCAUUGUGGCGAAAUGGCGUUCGUUGGGGAGAACUGA